CUUCUAAUGUAAUUUAUUGUCAAUCUUAUAUUUGAGGAAAAUGCUCGGUUGAAGUUUGUCUAUAGGGUUCAUAUCCGCAAGUAUGUCGGAUGUGAACCCCUCAUCGUCGGAACUUCGCUAUGGGAACAUCUCGGACCGCAACCUGUCUUAACAUUGAUACAAAUCUAUGAUUCGCAAGUCAAUAAAUUCCAGGAUCCAUGAAUAUACUAAUAAAUCAUUCAAACCCACGGAGAACUCUGGGUAAUACCAUUGGUAACAUUUAGUCAGGUACACGGAAGAAGAGCGGGGCAUACUUCGGAACUGAAUUGCCCCUCGGUCCUUAGACAAAGUAUAUAUAAGAUGAAUGGACUUGCAAUGCCAAUGGAGGUCUCGUUUCAACGUUUGAUCUUUUGAUUCUUGUACAUCAUAAAGUUUUCAGAAGAGGUCUAUAUCACCAUGGACAAUUCUACCAAGAACAUGCCAGCAGAUCAUUCUGGUUCAACACCAUAUUCCGUAAUUACUGGUUCUCAAGAAGCUACUCAAACUCUACAGCAAUUGGUCAGUAGUGAACUUCCCUCAGAGGUUUUGAAACAUCUAGAAGAUGUUACUUAUACAACUGCAACCGAUGGAACUCAAAUCUAUUUCCCGUGUCCUUUCAAAGAAACCGAAGCUACAGUUGCAUUGAAAUCAGUCGAAGCAAGCGUUGUAGCUGCUAUUGCGGAUCUUCGUUAUGGAGAACAAAAAAGAAAAAUCGAAAUCAAUCUUGAGCAAACUGCUACUUUCUUAUUUUCAACUUAUAUUGCUACAAUUGCUGGAAUGAAUAAACAACACCCUGAUGUUAAAUCGAAACUAAAAGAUACCGAUUUGCUCAAAGCACAAGCUAUCUUGUAUCGCAGACUUUCAGCGAACCUUUAUGAAACUAAGAACCAAGGGGAAUACUUUCAUAUCCAUGGAUCAUUAGAAGCUGGAAAAACAUUGAAUAUGAUCGGAUUGGAAGCAUAUCGACCAGAUCUUACAGAUUAUAGGGAAUGUAUUGAUGUUAUUGAAAAGCAUGUCAAACAAUAUACGGCCGCUGAAUUGGAGAUCAUGAAUGCUGAAAUAGAUCAAGCUGGUGUGACAGCUUUGAAAUGGGAAGAUUUCAAAGAGACAAGCCAUGGCCAAACACUUCUCAACUUACCUCCAUGGCAACUCGAUAGACUUCAAGAUGAUUCUCCACCAUGUCCAUUCCCAGAAAUUGCUCCCGGAACAUCUACUUCCAAACCUCAAGUGUUAUCCGGAAUUCGUGUACUAGAAUUAUGUCGUAUUAUUGCAGGGCCUGCUAUGGGUCGAACACUCGCUGAAUAUGGGGCUCAAGUCAUCAAAGUCACAUCUCCGAACUUAUCUGAUGUUCCAUUUUUCCAAGUCGAUGGAAAUACUGGUAAACAUACCGCGGAUAUCGAUCUUAAAACGCUAAGUGGUCGUGCGACGUUUGAGGAAUUACUGAAAUCUGCAGAUCUUAUUCUCGAUGGAUAUAGACCUGGAGCUUUAGAACGAUUAGGGUAUGGACCUGAGAAUAUCGUAAAAUUGAUUUCUGGAAGAGGAAAAGGGAUUGUGUAUGUCUCCGAAGAUUGUUUUGGUUAUCAAGGAGAAUGGGCUGGCAGACCUGGAUGGCAACAAAUCGCAGAUUGUGUAACGGGAGUAGCCUGGGCUCAAGGAGAAUUCAUGGGGCUUAAUGAACCUGUCGUUCCUCCUUUUCCCAUGUCUGAUUAUGGAACUGGAUGUAUGGGUGCUAUUGCUGCCUUGGUGGGAUUAUAUCGAAGAGCUAAGGAAGGAGGUAGUUGGAGAGGCACAACUAGUCUUUGUCAAUAUGAUGUGUUUUUAUUGGAAUUAGGAUUAUAUGGCGAUGAUAUCAAAGAAAAGGUUAGAAAAGAUCAUGAUGAUCAUUUCUUCGAUCUGAGACAUGCGGAUAGUGUGGAUGAAGUUGGCGGGAGAGCACUAAAAAGUAUGAGGAGAGCACAUCCCGAAUUAUUCGACGAGAAAAAUAUGCAAAAGACAUUCAGCAAAGGAUUCGGCGAAGAAAUCAAAUGGUGCAGAAGUCCCGUCUCAAUUGAAGGAAUACGAGUCGGAUUCGAAAGAGCCAGUCGUCCAAACGGAUAUGAUAAACCGACGUGGGAGGAUUGGGAAAUCGAGAAAGAAGUGGUGGAAGGAUAAAUUACCCACUUUGCUUUGGAUAGGAUAUCAUAUAUCAAAUUUUGUAUCACAGAAGCGAAUACGAUGCUCACUCAUAUUAAUGACCUCGCUUGUUGUCAUGUGUAACCAUCGCCAACGCAUUUAUAUUGCAUGGACAUCUCGCAAGCGCGUGCACUCUUUUUGCCUAAUCACAACCCGGAAGCGCGGGAUGGGAUGGCGUAUUGCCUAUACUACUUUAAUUCUAUAUUUGCAUGCUUUAUCCAAUGGUAGAAUAGAACGUCGAUACAUGAAUCAUUCUAUAAUCGAUUUCAUCGCAUGGCACAUAUUUAGUUGGGUUUUCGAGUUGCUUGGCAAGCUCAAUUAUAGAAACUUCAGGGUGGGAUUGGUGACAAUAGUGUUUUUUGUUGCAAAUCGAUUUCUGAAUCUUUGGAGACGAAGAGAUGGCUUGCAGGAGUUUAGGGCGGGGCUUUUAGUG